UGCCUAAAGAAGGCCCACCGACCACACAGACCCUACACUACUGCUGUACUGCCGCUUAACACGCGACCUGCGCUCCUGUACCUGACAGCUGCGAGCGGCGGCGGCGGCCCUUGAGAGAGGCACAUCUUACCAACAACCCAAAGGUUCAAGCUCCUUUCUUUCUCACAUGGCCAUCUCUUCGCUGGCGAGACGCCAACGGGUGACCGCGCUCCUUGGAGCCGCUGCCGUGGCGAUACUGUCCCGGGCUUACUUCGUGGAAGUUUGGAAGGGGGUAGUGGUUCGAGGUGGUGGAGACACAAAUGCGAAUGGCUACUACAAAUGGGAACCUACAAAGAGGUCGUACAUCAAGAGCGCGCAAGCACCGGCGGGAGCGUGGCGAGUCCCGAACGUGUACGAUUUGGUAUCUCGAGGGCCUCAGUUCAGGAAGGACGCCGGGCCGCUUUAUUAUUUGAAGGCCAAGGAUAUGCAACAGCAGUCGCGGGUUUGGUUCGUGAUGCGGUCGGACGAACCGGAGUACCAGAACCCGAACGCCCUUUCCGUUCUGGACAACACGCCUCCGUCUACUGGCUGGGGCGUGAGGUCGCGGAAAGACAUAGGGGACGGCGUUCGCCCCCCGCCGGAGGUACACGUUUGCGGGAAGAGGGUGGCGCCGGACGCGGACCCUGCGGAGCAACGAAACGGCCGCGGAGGCGGUAGGAGAGGGAAGAGCGCGUUCCAGUUGGGCAGGGGACCUGCCGAGAUCGUGAGCUACCCCGGCACGGUUCUGCUGCUGGUCAUCAACCUCGCCUUCGCGUAUCAUCUCUGGGCGAAGCGGGUGUCUCCCGACGCCGUGGCUAUCAGCUACUCCCUGUUUUGGGAGGAGCGUGAGUACUGGCGGCUCUUCACCGCGUCCUUCAGCCACUUCGAGCCGCUGCACCUGGUCUUCAACGCCAUGGGAACGUGGAACACCCGCGAGCUAGAGCGGCUGCUGGGGACUUUCCGGUACCUGUACUUGAGUCUCGACCUGGUGGUGACGACGAUAAUGCUGGUGAUGGUGAUCAAGCAUGCCCUAGUGAAGUGGUGGGGCGUGGAGAGCCAGCGGUCGAGGAAGGCGGUCGGGUUCUCGUGCGUGCUGUUCGCCUACAUGACCUACCUGGCGGUGGCCAUGCGCGAGUUCUGCCCGAUCGGGCAGUCCUUCUCGACCCUCUGCUUCAGCACCUUGAACAUCCCAAUGUUCUGGGGCAUGCCUUCUCUCCCGGUUAACCUGGGGCCGUUCGCGUCCCUGGCGAUCGCACAAGUCGUCAUGCCCAGGGCGGCCUUCCUUGGCCACUUGUCGGGUAUUUUCAUGGGCUACUUGAUGGCCUGGGGGUUCCUUGGAGGUCUCUCCAUCCCUCUCCUUGCCGGCAUCUCGGUGAUUUUCAUGCUCCAGCACUCCAAGGCCUGGGCACGCAAGAUGCCGGACUUCUCUCUGCUGCUCCAGAGCUGGGCGGGGGGCGACGCGGGAAGGGUCGCCCGCGCACGGAGGAUGGGGUAUGCCUUCGCGGCCCACGUGUGCCUGGCGGUAGCGUUUUCUUUGCUCUUUUCCUGGGGCUCGGCGGUGGGGGAGGUAAUGGCGCUCGUCGUCGGCUUCAAUGCUCUGCAGGCGCUCAAGUGCUGCUGCUGCCCCGACAGUGUGCCGGCGGAGCACCGUUUCUGUGUCAAUCUUCUCAAGGCCUAUGGGGCACUAAGCGCGAUCCUGCUCGUCAGCGACUUGCUCUCGUUUGGUGCCAUUUUGGGCCAGUCUUGCUUCGUGACCUGGUCGGGCGUGUCGGACACCUCGAGGCAUUGUGGGCUAGCCUUGCUGCUGGUGGCUGCGGCGGUGCACGGCCUGGCGGUGGCUGCUUGCAUCGAGGGGGGGGUCAUCUUUCGCGAUGGACAGACGUUUUUGUCGACCAUUGGGCUUAAGCAAGUGGUGACCGCCUACUCCCUCGGCGCCAACAGCGCGGAAAUCAACGGCGGCGACAACACCAUCACCACCGCCAGCACGCCUUCCUACGUGGCCGCUGCCGCAAUCACGUCCGGGAGGCUGUACAGGGGGGGCGGGCGGUCUACCGGCACCACGGCCUCGAACAGGACGGGCUCGACCGUUUCUCGCGGAAACGGCGGGACGCAGGCGUCGGGUACAAGGUCGAACCGCAGCCCCCCGGCGGGGCGGGGUGGGGGGGGAGACGUGGGUCUUCCGUUGUUGGGGAGGGAGGGCGAGGGGGGCAACGCGCUGGGGGAGAUCGAGCUGUAGGGUGGGGGGCAGACCCUCCACCACGGGCAUCCUGGGUGUGGCGUGUUCGUUGCUGUACUUGUCUUUCGGGCUUGCUUGGAGAGGAAGAAGGAGCGUGCAGCUGGCCACUUCGAGUUCUGAUGGUUUCGAAGAAAGCCCGUAUUUUAUGCAUGCACGUAGCCAGUUUGAAUUUUUGGUUGUUUUUCGUUUUUUGUGUCGGCUACCGCUCUCUCCGGCGCGAGCCGAUUGCGUCCGGUUCGCUGAGGAAUCGUGCUUUCAUCUCGCCAUCCUUGGGGUUCUGUGACGGAAUUGCUCACAUGUACUCGUUUUUUUUUUUUUGUGGGUUUUUCGUCGGUGACCACCAUUGUGGUGGACAGUACAAGACGAAAGGAUCGUCUUGUGUAGCGUCAACGGGUGUUCGUGUGGUUGACAAUUUCGUUCGAAGUAUUUUUCUUGUCGUUUGUACCUUGUUCCUUUUCCGACGUGUGUAGGAUCUGAGUAGGAAGCUCCGGCCGGCAUUAUUUUUGGAAGACAAAAACGCCGACAACAACAACCGGAGAAGCGACCGAUUGUUUUUACCAGCGAGGGAAAAACAGUUUGGAGCGGUUUUGUCACUUCGUGCUCACUUCAGCGAGGGCUCAGCAACGAAUCCAAUCCAUUUGCGUGUGUCGGAAACAAGUCAUUGAUUGUGCUGGCUCCUGGCUUGAGCAAAUGAAGGCAACUAGAACACUCGUCAAGUCGUACCGCCGGCAUGUGUCGAUACCGCCCUAAUUGAGGCGGUUCAUUGGGGGAGUCAAGGAUAAGGAAUCUCAGUCUUCAUCCUCGCCUUGCUGAU